AUGGACGUUUUGGAUAGCACUUUUGCUUCUACAAUGGAUUACACCAAAGGACCUAACGAUGUAAAGAAUUCGAACAAUCUUGUUAUUGGUGUGCUGUUAGCAAUAUCAUCUAGUAUUCUAAUUGGAAGUAGUUUUAUAAUAAAGAAGAAAGGUUUAUUAAGAGUAUCAAGAGGCGGUGAUUCUUCGAGCAGAGCAGGGAGCGGUGGUUAUGGCUAUUUGAAAGAUUGGGUAUGGUGGGCUGGUUUCAUUACAAUGGGCACUGGAGAAUUAGCGAACUUUAUCGCUUAUGCCUUUGCUCCAGCAAGCUUAGUAACUCCUCUUGGCGCUUUGAGCGUACUAUUUGCGGCUAUUUUAGCAUCAUAUCUGUUAAACGAAAAUCUAAAUAUUUGUGGUAAAAUUGGCUGCUUUGUUGCUAUUCUUGGAUCGACUAUGAUUGUUAUUCACGCUCCUGCUGAAGCUGAAGUCGAUUCAUUUGAGGUUUUAACGAAAAUGCUGGCGAGUCCAGGAUUUAUCGUAUACGUCUGCAUUGUUGUGCUAAUGUUUGGAAUCUUGGUCUUCAUACUGGCUCCUCGAUACGGACGAAAAAAUAUGAUAAUUUAUAUUACAACUUGUUCUGUUGUUGGAUCUCUAACGGUGAUGGCAUGCAAGGGCGUCGGCAUUGGAAUCAAACAGACCAUUGGUGGUCAAAGCCAAUUAGGAAAUUGGGUGUUUUGGCUUCUUGCGCUAUCAGUGGUAUUUUGUAUUGUGAUCCAAAUGAAUUACUUAAACAAAGCAUUGGACAUCUUCAAUACCGCUGUAGUUACUCCUGUGUACUAUGUUCUAUUUACUACUUGUACUAUCGUUGCAUCAGCUAUUUUGUUUAAGGAAUGGGCAAGUUUAGGGGCUAAAGAUGCAGUCGGUUCUGUUUGUGGUUUCUUAACUAUCAUUGUUGGUGUGUUUCUACUCCAUGCUUUUAAGGAUCUUAAACUCUCUUACAAACAUUUACCUAGUGCUAUAAAAAAGGACGAUCGUAGACUUCCGAACGGUGAAGGUGAAAAAAUGAUUGACGACUGGGAUGGUAAUUUAAUAUCUAAUUCUAAUAGUGGUGAUGGCGAUGCGGAAUUUUAA